UAAAUCCGCUGAAGAGUCAUUUAGAGAGGGCAGUUUGUGGUGUUUGCAUCGUUUGCAUGUAAUGCCCCUCGCUGUCCGCAGAUAAACAAUUAUCAGCAUCCGUAAACAUCGACGCUUUCAAGGGCAGCCAACACAGCUAUUCAGGAUUCUUGGGCUGUAGCAUCGAAGAAAAUACGGUCGCUACAUCAUGGCCUACAAUCGCAUGAGCCAGCAAUUUCAUGGCUCACAGCAUAAUCGAAAUCGCAAGAAAGAGGAUGUAAACGAUGCGUUGAUGCGCCUACCCGAUAAAGAAAUCGCAGGCUGUAUAAAUGAUAUCGGCAUACCUUUUACUGCGGCCGACUUGGUCAAACCUAAUGCACAGCAAAUUCAGAUGGUGUUCGAAUGGUUCGCAGAGCUUCUCAUGAAUACAACUCGCGAGACGGUCGAACCUGCAAUGCGCGCCGCAACGGAGUAUAUAUGUGGCGAUUAUCCGGAUAUUAUAUCUGCUGAUACCCGCAAUUUGAUGGGCUUUUUUAUCAGCCUGAGGAGAUUAAUGAUGGAGUGCGGAGUAAACGACUUUACAUUUACGGAUUUGACAAGACCUACGCAUGACAGGCUCGUGAAGAUAUUCUCGUACCUGAUUAAUUUUGUUAGAUUCCGCGAGUCCCAGACCGCAGUUAUUGACGAGCACUUCAACAAAUCGGAAAAGACAAAAACGCGUAUCGAGGCUCUUAUUGUCGAGAACCAGGAGAUGGAACAGCACAUUGAGGAGAUUAAGCGAAGUCAAAAGGCCGUAGAAGGUCAGGUGAAGGAGAAAGUCAGGCGGAACGAUGAAUUGAAAGCGAGGCUGCUUGAGUUGAGGAGGAACCAGGAACGAAUAGCCGAAGCACUUGAGCGAGCCAAGGCUGAUAAAGCAAGGCGGCAGGCCCUAUUUGAAGAAAAGAUGGAAAGGCUUGUGCGCAGUCGACAGGAAACGGAGAAGCUGAGACCGUACGUGCUGGAGAGCCCAGCUAGUCUCCAGUCAACCCUGACGGAGCUAUCCGAGAAUUUGCUCCGCGAAAAGGCCCAGAUUGAUGCCAUGGAAAAAAGGGCGAGAGCCCUCCAAACUUCGUCAGAUACGUUCACAGUCGUCAGCAAUGAUAUACAGGCCUGUAUCAAGCUCCUGGAUGACAUAUCCGUUGAAUUGCAGAAGGAGGAAGAGGAGGAAUCUCGGGCUUCCAGAAACAAGGAGGCAAUUUCUGAGAGGGGAAACAACGUUAGGGAGGUAGAGCAAACCGAGCAACUGCUACAGCGUCAGCUAGCAAAGUGGAACGAACGGAUUGAGGCAUUGCGGAAAAAUGCUCAGGAGAAGGCAGAGGCAGUACAGGCUCGGAUGGAAGAGCUCCGGAACGUCCAGAAGCAGCUUCGCGAAGAACGCGCCGAAAAACAGCGUGAUAUGGAAAGGAGGAGAAUUAGGAUCGAGCAGACCGAGAAAAAGAUGGCCGAUCUAAAGGAAAACAUUGAAAAUGAAGUGCAUAGCGCUCAUGACCAGUAUCUGAAACUAGAGUCACACAUCAAACUGUACAUCACAGAGAUGGAGAAAUGUCUUUGAGCAAGUCUUUGUGUGUUUAAUGGUUUUAUGGUCCAGGAGUUUGAGGUCGGCUCUAGGAUACCCGGAUUUCUUCGUUUGCUUGUGGAAAUUGAUAGUAUAUGCAUGCAUGUCUGAAUAAACUUCUCUUGCAAUUCCAUGUUUCUAGACGUCUGUAGAUAUCGUCUUAAUCCGGCUGUUCUCAUCGAAAUCAAACCACCUCCGCACAACCCGUCUCACAGGCACACCUGGCCCCAUGCACGUGUUGUCAUCUCCUUCCCCAGUUUGGACGAGGCCUCGCAGCAACGGUACAUCCGCGUGCCAUAGUGCCUGGCCAGUUUCCCCGUCCGCGUGAUAUGUGACAUCUGCGCAUUCACUAAGCACAAGGUCCGCAGUCUCCCGAGCGGCAGCCUCAACCAGACUGGCAAGUGUUCUCGAUAAUCCCUGGGCAGAGAAUUCCGGGGUCUUAUGAUGAAGAGCGAGCAGGUCCAGAAUUGCAAGAACCGGCCGGCUGUCGCGCUGUACUAUUGAAGUCGUCAUUUCACUGGGAAAGGUCAUAUGGGAGCCCGAGAUAUAAGCACGGAGACUCUCCACAGUCGGGCAGAAUACUAAUUUGAUCCUGCUGGAUUUAGCAAGCGAACCAAUGGUAUUCGUGAGCAGCCUGUGGUUGCCAUGCUCGUGUUCCUUGCAUGAGUCGUCCGUUCGGGUAGGAGUCUGUACGGCCACAAAUAGUUUCUCGAGGAAGUGAUGUCUGGUCGAACAGACAACUAGAAAUAUAGCACACGCAUCAUUGUGGAAUAUGUAUUCCUCCAAGAAUUCUGCCACGGAAGCGUAGAAACGCACUUUUCGGGUUGCCAUGUCUGCUCACAGAAAGUUGAUGGAAGAAGAGGAGCCUCACACAAGGGAUUUUGUUGGAGAUGCCAGAGAUUUUUUUGGUAAUUCCAUUUCCGCCUCCGUCAUUGAAGCAGCAGCCUCAUUAGAAGUGCAUGGCCAUAAAGUUGAUGAUGGUAGUAGGUCGUGCUG